AUGCCUCAAAUAAGACAAAACAAUGUAAGUGGCGGGAAGGGAAACAAAGACAUGUUUAUUGAACGGAACAAUAAAAUAUGUGCUGCUGGUAAACCAACUGAUCAACCUCUAGAAAAUAUAAGCUCUCCAUUAAAAUGGUAUAGCUUACAAGACGAAGUUGAUGCACUAAUAAGUGAUGCUAUUGAGCCUUCCACUUUGAAGACUAAAUUUCCUCCAAUAAAGGAAGUAAAAAAACGGGAUAUGCGAUAUGCAAGUAUUUUUAGUGAGGGAUCUGAACUUCUCAAUCCCCCAGUUAAAACAAAAAUGCAAACUCUAGUAGAAGACUUUAAAAAUACAACUUAUUCAUCAUACUGGAAAAAAGCAGUAGGUAAAAUUUCUGACCCCGUGCCUACACUUCCUGAAGGUUUCAAUAUUUAUAGUACCCCAUGUGGUUUGGACAAGCGAACUCAUGAUAGUGCAUAUGAUAUAAUUUUGCCUAAGAACCCCAUUAUUGAUAAAACUCCGAAAUCAAAAAGUCCAGGUUACCAGGUAAACCGCAAUUACUGUUUUUUUAACAAAAAUUCUACAUUCGGAAUAAAAGCUGAGGGAGAUCGUACUGGAAAGUUUAUGAAAUGUUGUCUCACUGAUGAUAGAGUAACUUUAGGUACUGCAUUAAAACAAACAAUAGCUGACAUACAGGCCAAAUUCAAAAAUGAAACAGCUUCUAAGUUAGCCACAUCUAUCAUGCCUAAUAAUAAUAUUAGCCGUGUCCCGGAAGGUUUUGCUUUUGGAAAAAUAUAUCCACCAGGAGAACAACUAAUAGAGUGUUUGAGAGAGCCAUCGCCUGAACUGCCAAAAAUUUAUGAUGUACCGGAAGAAUAUUUAGAUUUCAGAACAACGUAUGGAGAUAUGGUAAGAGAAAAUCAAGAAAUUGAUACAAGGAACAUGGCUGGUAUUCCUUCAGGAAGAUAUUUUGACAAAGAUUAUCCCAUUACACCUGAAGGUUGUUGCAAGGCCGAUAGAACUUAUCUUCCUCAUGAAUCUGACGCUAGAACCUGUUUGCUUCCAAGUAUUCUCACGAGUUUAGGUGUAAGCCAUCGUGAUUUAUACGCUAGACGUGAUCGUAAAACAAUCAUGGAAGUAUUUGGAAGAGCUGGAUAUAAAUUUGAUGAGGAAAAAUUUAAAACUAUUUGGGAAAUGGCCGAGAAGUAUCAUUCUCAAAAAUGGGUUUGCUAUGAAACCUUUCGCAAAUGCUUACGAGAGUAUGAAAAGAACCAAGAUAGCAAGAGUUGA